AUGAAUAAUACAUCUUUAUCAUUUUUACAAAAACUAUCGUAAUUUAUCUAAAGUAUAGGGGAAGAGAAAUCCUUAGUGGAUAUUUAGAAGCUCUAAAAUAUAAUAGACUUAAAAAUACAGUAAACGAGUAUUAGCUUGAAUGAUAUAAUUCAUUUUUAUGAAUAUUGUGAAUCACAGUAAUCAAUUUUUAUAAAUAGUUAAGGGAAUUUUUGAAAAUGCAUAGUUCAAGAAUUUGGACAGAUGAAGAAUGGAAGGUCUUAAUAUGGGUUAUCUAAUAAUAUUGCCUUAUUUAUUAGAAAAAUAGCGAAGAUUUUGUAUAAUAAUAAUUUUACAAUAGAAAGGAUAGGAUUGGGAGAAUAUUUCUAAUAUCAUAGCGUUUAAGGAUAAAUUAAAUUGUUAAUUUAAAUGGUAUUCUCAUUUACGCAUAAUGCCUACAAAUAAAAAUUGGUCAUCUGAGGAGGAAUAAUUAUUGUAUAAUAUAAUUACUAAAGAACAAAAUAUUAAAUGGUUUGAAGUUCAAUAUGAGAUGUUUAUUUAGUCAUCAGGACUUUAUUUUAGAAAAGCAAAAUAAUACAGAGAAAGAUGGAACAAUUAUUUAAAUCCUUAAGUAAAUAAGUAAAGAUUUGUGAUUAUCUUAGAGGAAUUUGGACAGAACUUGAUGAUUACAAUUUAUUAUAACAUGUUCUUGUAGAAGGCCAAAAUGGUCUAAUAUUUCAAAGAAAUUAAAGAAUCGAACAGAGAAUCAGGUUAAAAAUCGCUUUAAAAGUUUAAUAAAUAAGGAAAGAAAAAUUACAUAAAUACUUUAGGAAGUCAUUUAAGAAAUACCUGAAGAUGCUUCUAAACAAGGAUUAGAUAAAUAAUCAUGGUUUCUUAUUCAAAUAAUUCUCAAAAGAUUAAAACCAGUUGAAUAAACUAAUUUAAAUCAGUAAGAUAAUAAUAUUUACAGUUAAGAGUAAACUCACUAAUAACUAAAUUAAUAUUUACUUCUAUAGAAUCCUUAAUAAUAUUAUUUAAAUUAAUUUUUGUAGGUUCCUCGAAUUUCGUAAUAGCAACCAAUAUCUAAUAUUUAAUUAAUACAAUAAUUAUCCACUUUUCAACACAUCCCUUCAUAAAUAAAUAUACAAUAAUAAUUAUUGAAUUGUCAAUCUUAAUCAUAUCCUCAAUCAUAAUAAGGCAUAAGCACAUAAAUACCACAACAUCAAAAAAUUGUUUCGUAAUAAAUUAUGUAAUAAAAAUUUAUUUAACAUCAAUAAUAAUAUUAAUCAACGAUCCAUGACUUCUAUCAAGACUAAUAAUUUCUUUUAUAGUAAUAGUAAUAAUAAUCAUAAUAAUACAAGUGUAAUUUGUUUUCAUAUUAGCAAAACACAUCUACUAAUUCAAUAGGAACUUUAAGUUCUUAAAAAUCAGAUAAAUUAGUAUCUGAUUAAAUUAAAGAAGAAGAAAAUAGCGGUUCAUCAUCGAAUAAAGAACCUAAAGUCUAAAAAAUGGUUUGUAUUUCGGUUUCACCAUCAAUUAAUGGUUCAACGAGUUCAGUAAAUUCUAUAGAUGCAAUAAAAAAAAAGUUCAAAAAUAUGAGUUUGGAUUCAGAAUAGAAUAGUCCUGAUCUUAUUUCAAAAAGAAAACAUUAAAGAUCUUAAUCUGGGGCUUAUGAUCUUAAUAAUUAAGGAAAAGUUAAGACAAAGAGAUCAAGAUUUUAUUAUGCUUCUUAUGAUAGUUGA